CAGAGGUAUUUCACCACUUCUUGCAGCAUCGUUGAUCCAUGCUGCAGUUCAUGAAGUUCUCCAAACAGACUUGACUGAAUUUAAGCUGCAAAAUGUGGAAACUGAGGGAGAAGCUGAUGAGGAAAGGUUCACCUUGCUGGAUGGAGAGUCACUGCAGCGCUGCUUCUUUAACAAGCUUCGGGACGUUUGCUCUGAGUGGCAGAACCAGUUGCCACCACUGAGGCCACUGAAGCGAUUCCUGCUUGUUUCCAUCCAUGCCAUCCGUAACACCCGACGGAAAAUGGAGGACCGCCAUGUUCUGCUCCCAGAGUUCAACCAUCUCUUUGGUUUGUCAGAUGAUGUUGAUCGCGCUUUCUUUGCGGUGUUUGAUGGUCAUGGUGGAGUUGAUGCUGCCAAUUACUCAGCAACCCAUUUACAUGUAAACGUUGGGUUACAUGAAGAGAUUGUUCAGAAUCCAGCUGAGGCCUUGAAAUGCUCUUUCCAGAAGACAGAUGAAAUGUUUCUUUUCAAAGCCAAAAGAGAGAAGCUGCGGAGUGGCACAACAGGUGUAUCUGCGCUGAUUGUAGGGAACAAGCUGCACAUAGCAUGGCUGGGGGACUCACAGGUAAUGCUUGUGCAGCAAGGGAAAGCUGUGACGUUAAUGGAACCUCACAAACCAGAAAGAGAAGAUGAGAGAGCACGGAUUGAGACUCUGGGUGGCUGUGUAACCUACAUGGACUGCUGGCGGGUUAAUGGCACCUUGGCUGUUUCCAGAGCAAUUGGUGACAUAUGCCAGAAACCCUACAUCUCUGGAGAUGCAGAUGGAGAUUCCUUUGAGCUGACUGGUUCAGAAGAUUACUUGCUCCUAGCCUGCGAUGGAUUCUUUGAUGCCAUCAAGCCAUAUGAGGUCGUAGACUUGGUCCUGGAUCAUUUAAUGCAGACGAAAGGAGAGGGGCUCACAGCAGCAGAAAGACUGGUGGCUGCUGCCAAGGAAAAUGGAUCCAGUGACAACAUCACUGUUCUAGUAGUGUUCUUGAGGGAUCCUCAGGACAUCUUGGCAGACUGUCUCAGAGACCCUAAGAGCCUUGGGACUGAUGAUAAUGCUCAGAGGUCACCCCUUAAUUUCCUCAGCUGCGAGGCAGCAGCCACACAGUGA